CAAAAGAAAAUUUGAAACACGGGCUUUGGAACGAAAUUCCACCAUUAUUAAUGGCGGAGAUGCCUCAUGUCAAAGAUCAGAGGGUUGGUAACGUUGGUUAAAUGAUGGUUGAAGUUGGAGAGAUUUAAGGAGGAAGAUGGAAGAAAACACAAGCAAAAUUUAUUUGAGUUGAAAGCUUUAGAUGGGACAGAGAUGAGUCGACAAUAGUUGUCAUAGACUCAGAGUCUGGUGUAUUUUUCACUGGUCAAUUUCAUAUUAAAGUCCAUAUUUCCCUUCUCUCUUCUUCUUCUUCGUCUCCUUCUUCUUCGUCCAUUGUUUUUCAUCUUCUCUUUUCUUUCUCUUUCUUCCUCACUGCAAAAAAUGGAAGAAAUGACCAUGUGGGUCGAUCAAGAGACACAGUUUCUUUGUUGAUUCAGCUGAAUUCUGGAGUUUUUCAUGGUUUUCCACAAGUUUGAAUUCUGGGUUUCCUGUUUCUGCUCAAUUUGAGAAAAGUGAGGUCAACAGCAGAGCUGGAAACUGGGCAGCGGAUUGGGCAGCAACCUUGAUGAAGAUUAUCAACAUGUAGUGGUUGGGGUGAACAAAACUUCGACAGUUGAUUCUGAUAAGGCGAGCAAGAUGUCCUCCGGGCAGUGCAUAAAGAAGCAGAUCGCCCCUAUCAAAGUGGGACACCUACAACCAGAAUUUGUUGGUCUGUCGUCAAAAAGUCAAAAAAAGGCUAGCAAGGAUCAUCCUAGAGCUCGUGAUAUACCCGUUCAUGGUUGGAAAAAUUUAGCCGGCUCGAGACAUGAGAGACUUACUCAACCAAAUAGAGGUCAUGGUGUUGGCAAUAAGAAAAGUGUUACUGGUUCAAAGCACGACCAAUUUAAUGAGGUCAACCUCCUACUAGCUCAGAAAAGUGAAGCAGCUGAGGCCUUUGUGAAUCAGAAGUUAUUUGUUGGUAAAUAUCUUAGCAAAGAUGGGGCAAAUCACCGGUCCAAACAAUUCUUGGAUGCUUUAGAGGUUUUAAAUUCAAACAAGGAAUUAUUUCUGAAGCUCCUUGAAGAUCCGAAUUCUCUGUUAGUGAAACACAUCCAAGACUUACGAGAUUCUCAGACAGGGAAAGAACCAGCUAAAUCACUCUCAGGAGACAGAAGGUCAGAAUGUGGACUUAGUAAUGCAAAGCAGCAGGAAGGAGCUGAGCAUACUCGAAAGUCACAGAAGAAAAAUGGGCACAACCUUUUCUGGAAAAAGAUCAAGUGGGAUAGAUACUCAUCAAAAGGGAGUAGCAAUCAUCAACCUUCACAUACAAUAGAAGUUUCCAAACCAUGCCUAACAAGAGCACAGAAUUUUGAAAGCAGAACAAGACUGUUUCCCUCCCAGCAACAUCAAUACGGCUUGAGAGAUGGUUCGCAGAAUGGUAGAAGUAGAUCGGAACAUGCUAUGGUGGAAAACAGAAAAGAGCAGCAUUGUAAUCCAAUGGAUGAUGCUUUGUGCAAACCUCCUUAUUAUGACCUCCGAGGCUCAGAGUUUGUUGGAAAAUGGAUUGGUGGGAAGAUUGUUGGAAGAAGUUCAUCGAGUUCAGCCAAACUGGACAUUGGAAAUACUGCCAAAUCUUCCACCGAUAUCAAGAGGAGGAAGAACAUAGGCAAGCCUAAGGAUUUUGGGCUGAGCAUUCAACAUGAAACUGGUUCAACCAGUGGAAGCGGUUCUAAAAGUUUGAAAAUAUCAGCUGCCAAGUACUCAAAGCAAAAAGAAUCUAGCAUAUACGCUGAGGCUAAAAGACAUCUGUCUGAGAUGUUAAGCAAUGAAGAUAAGGAUGAGUUCUUUUCCACCAAACAAGUCCUGGGACCUUUGGGGACGAUACUCUCUUUGCCUGGAUAUGACCUAUCUUCUAAGCUCAGUCCUCGGUGGGAAACAGAACAUGGUUUUGUGACUGCAGAGAUGCGAUUUUCCCCUUACAGCAAUUUUCAAGCAGACCUUCAGAACAGGCAGUUGCUUCAAAAAGAAAAGAACAAAACUAGCCACCCAAGUCCAUUGGGGCAGAAUCCAGAGGAUCCACCAUGUGCUAAUAUCAAGAAACCCAUUGAUCAGUUGCAAGUUCCUGACUCAAAGACAAAUUUUCCACAUCUUCUUUCUGAUGCCAAACUCCAUGAAAGCAUCUGUUCCAUUAGAGACGAUAGUAGUUGGGAAGGCGAUGUGAAUAUUUUAAAAACACAUGAUACAAUACAUUUAGGAGAAAGUAAUUGUUUGGAACGGCCCUUGGGACUGAGUAGCAGACCUGAAACCAGAUCUAAACGAUGCACUGAUGCCACCAGUGUGCGUGAGGAAAAUGAGUAUCUGGAGUUCUCUGGACCGGAUGUACUUUUAGAGGAUCAAUCGCAAACAUUUUCAUUAGGUGUUCCUCCAUCGAGCCCUUCUUCAAGCGUCCAGGAAACAGAAGAUUUGGAAGGAAUUAAACAUAGAGCAGAUCAGACCAGUCCAGUAUCUGUCCUGGAGCCAUUUCCCAUGGAAGAUGUCACUAGCCCCUCAAGCAUCAUUUCUAAACAUGAUGACCUGCCAAUGCAACUAGAAAUUACUUUUGAUAAACAUUGUUCUGCUUCGAGGAUGUGUCCUUUGGAUCCUGCAGUCAAUUCAAACACCUGUAUGGAAGACCAUCAAUUUGCUGAUAAGUAUGUCAGAGAAGUGAUACAAGCUUAUGGCUUGAACUGUGAUGAACUCUUGGCAGAUAGGCAGUCACCUAUGGAGUACUGGAAUGACCCUAAGCUCCUCUUUGAUUGCAUUAACGAAGUUGUUCUAGAGGUAUACAACCGUUAUUUUAGACACCUCCCUUGGCUAUCAUCUAUCAAACCAAAGAUCCAGCCAGUCCCAUUAACGGAGAGAGACGUGGUUCGCGAAAUAAUGGAAGGUGUUGAUUUGCGCCUUCUUCAGCCACGGGAAGUCCAGCUCCAAAGAGAUGUGAAAAAAUCUGGAGCAUGGCUUGAUAUUCGAACCGAUGUUGAAGAUAUUGUUAUCAAUAUAGUGGAAACCAGCCUAGAAGCAUUGAUAGAAGAAACCAUACUUGAGCAGCAAGCUUAAUUUAUCAGCAGAAGUUGCUUUCUUGUGCUGUUGUCUAAAUUGGAAACGGCAUAAAUCUGAAGAGAGGCAACUUGAACAAGGAAACCCGGAUUAAGAUCAUCUUUGUGAUUCAGCCAGCAUCUUCAGAGGCAUUGUAUGAUCACAUGCUUAAGACAUUUUGAUUUGAAUCUGGGUUGAGAUUUCCUUGGUUUAGAGUAGGUUCAUGGGGUCCAAGCUCCAUGUAUUAUAGAUUUAAGUGAAAGCUGCAGCCACUGUAAAAUAUUAGGAUUCUGGUGGUUUCAUAGGACUUUCUCCAUUUUGUUCUGUUCUUUGUCAUGAUGAAUGUGAACUGAUAACCCUUUAGUAAUUGUUUUUGUAAUACUGAUCAGAGAUGAUAUAGAUUUGCUCAGAUUCUUGCA